UUUGUUUCAUCAAUAUAAAAAGAAAAGGAAAAAACGUCACUCAAAACAAAAACACUACUUUCGCCCUCUCCUUUUUCACUUUGCUUUGCAUGCUAUAUAAAUAAUCACUUCUCCUUUUAAGUUCUGUGUUCUGUCUAGAAAAUAAGAGAGACAGAGAGAGAUCAAUGAAGUCUGAAAAGAAUUUGCUACCACUAUUUAAUGAUGUGAAACAGAGUGAAGAUAGAGAAGAGAAAGUUCCAACCAUGACAAGAAAAGGAGUUUAUGCUGCUUUAUCUUAUAUGCUCUCUUCAGUGCUUUUGGUCAUGUUCAAUAAAGCAGCUCUCACUUCUUACAGUUUCCCAUUUGCAAAUGUCAUUUCACUUGCUCAGAUGGUGUGUGCAUUUGUUAUUCUCUAUGUGUUGAAAUCCUUCAAGAUAAUUUCUUUCACUACUGGUGAAUCCCAGAACAGCUCUAAUAACAAUUCAAUACUAUUGGUGUCCUUCACUACAUUAUACUACACAUUUCCACUAGCAUUAACAUAUUUGCUGUAUAUGGUUGUGACGAUGGAAGCUGUGCGCGGCAUAAAUAUUCCAAUGUACACCACUCUUAGAAGAACUAUUGUGGCCUUCACAAUGAUUAUGGAGUAUUUUAUAUCAGGGAAGAAGCAUUCAAGUUCUGUUGUUGGAAGUGUUGGGAUAAUCCUAGCUGGUGCUUUGAUUGCUGGAGCUCGAGACUUAUCAUUUGAUGCUUAUGCCUAUACAGUUGUUUUCCUAGAAAACAUGUGCAAAGCAGUGUACCUUGCUUCUGUUUCUCAUGUUGGUAAAGCUAGUGGUCUUAAUAUAUUUGGUAUUAUAUGGAGCAAUGUGUUGAUUUGUGGACCAAUAUUGUUUCUAUGGUCCUUGCUUAGAGGUGACCUCCAAUCAACACUCAACUUCCCAUAUUUGCUCUACCCUGGAUUUCAGGUUGUGAUGGUUCUGUCAUGUGGUUUUACUUUCUUUUUAAACUACAUUGUUGUUUUAAAUACAACUAUCAACUCAGCACUUACACAGGCAAUAUGUGGUAAUUUAAAGGAUGUUUUUACUAGUGGGAUUGGUUGGAUGUUAUUUGGAGGACUUCCAUAUGAUUUGUUCAAUGUUCUUGGUCAAUCACUUAGCUUCUUUGGGUCCUGUUUGUAUGCCUAUUAUAAACUCCAAGGAAUCUGAAGACGACAGAUUUCAUUUGGAAGCAUCAAAACAAACACAGUUAUUGCGGAUUGUUCUACAAGUUUCUUGCUUUCAUAGUCUAAAAAUGAAAAGCAAAAAUUUUGAAUUCUCUAUUAAAAAAAAUUACAGUAUACAAAAUGAGUUUAGUAGUACUUUGAAGGUAUGGUGGUGUAAUCUUGUGCCUUAAGAUUUUGUAGGCAAUCAGGAUCGUUAUCAGUUUCAAGAAAACUACAAUCGAUUUUAGCCAUUAUAAAUU